AAUAUAAUGUAAAGGAUAUAGUGAUAGAGAGGAGUGAGGGUAUUGUCUGUUUUGUUUGUGUCACUGAAAGGUUUAAUGAAUGUCAAGUAAUGAUAGCAUCAGUAACAACAACACUGAUACCACAAUCAACACAAACUAAUGGAACAUGUUAUUCAUUUACUGAUAAUGGAACAUACACUGUAUACGCACAUGAUAUUGAGAAUGGACUAAUAAUACUGACACCAGCAGUAGUUAUACAAUAUACAGUGGACUGGAUUGAACCAUCAGACACAGUUUUUUCAAGUAUUGAAAGUUUGGACACAAAAUGCAAUAAAUUGUCAUCAAAUAACAAUCACAACUCUGUGCUACCAAACAUAACCAAUACCAACUUCACAUUAUGGACUCCUGCCAAUACAGAUAAUAGAAGCACUGAAACAGAUCAGUCAUAUACUAGCGCAGUUCUCAGUGGUCUCUUUGCACUCUCAACCUGUACUGGUAUUAUUUUAUUAAUAAUAUUGGUUGCAAUACUCAGAAAAAAAGGUAAAGCUAACACAGGUAAUAUUGACAUUCCUAUCAAAACUGAACCUAAUUCAGCAUAUGAAAUGAUGCAACAAAGCAAUGAAAUACCACUGUACUCUGACAUUGAUGCUAAUGUAGAACCAAUAUAUGAUCGUAUACCAGAAGAAGAGGAUGGACCCACCACCAGUCCCUCCUCGCUUGUUUCAAGAUAAUUAAAUCAGCACUAACACAUGAUAAGUAUACAUUAUACCAAGAGUACAUAAUGCUAGCGUGCUCUUGAUUAUACUGGUUUGCAGUUUGCACAAAAAUACUCUGGUAACAGUAGAUUCUUUUUACUGCUGUGUACAAUAAUACUUAAGUUUAUGAGUGUGUGAAUUUCCAACAAUAUUGAUAAAUAUAUA